GUUUUUCAUAAACUCACAGUUCCACUUCUCUUAUCUUUAUUGUAGUACCUACGAGUGUAUACAUUUUGUAGGUUAACUCGUCCAUUUGACUGACGAGAGUGUUGUUUUCAUUUUGGGUAUUGGGAUUUCAUCCUAAGAAAAAUGACGAAAGGUACGUCAAGUUUUGGUAAGCGACAUAACAAGACUCACACAUUGUGUCGUCGUUGUGGUAGGUCGUCUUACCACAUUCAGAAGUCUAAGUGCGCUCAAUGCGGAUAUCCAAGCAAAAAAUUGCGUCAUUACAACUGGAGUGUUAAAGCUCAACGUAGGAAGACUACCGGAACUGGUCGUUUGAGGCAUUUGAAAAUUGUUCGUCGUAAAUUUAGAAAUGGAUUCCGUGAAGGCACCCAAGCAAAACCCAGAAAUAGGCAGAGUUAAUCUUAUUUAAUGUUUUGUCAAACAACCAUUAAAAAAAAUAAAAAAAUGUCUUUGUAAAUAA